AUGGAUACACAAAGUGAAAUGAGGCAUUCAAAGUUCAAGAGGAUUUGUGGGUUCUAUGGGAGUAGCCCCGACAAGAAGAGUACCUACCAAGAUGCUGCCAUUGAACUUGGGAACGAAUUGGUCUCAAGGAACAUCGAUUUGGUGUAUGGAGGGGGGAGCAUUGGUCUAAUGGGUUUAGUUUCACAAGAUGUUCAUGAUGGAGGUCACCAUGUCAUUGGAGUUAUUCCCAAGACCCUCAUGCCUCGAGAGUGGGCAUCAAACAAAAUGAAGCUCGGGUUGGGGUGGUUUUAUGAAGUUGAUUACUUGACACCCUGA